CUACGGCAUUGCACGCUGAACACAGGCUUGCUUCUGCUGAGACUUGAGCUCGCAUUUGGCGGGCUCCCCGCGUUUCAAGACUGCCAUGCCGUGAUACCAGCUAAUCGCUAUUUACACCCACUAGUUAGCAUACCGGUUUAGCAGAGGCUUUGUUCUACAGGGAAAACGGUCUCGACUGACUUUCGGUGCACCCUCCCGCCAUGGUUCUGGCUUAACCAAAGAUCUGUUUGGGAGGUGUAACGAAAGCCGAUGGGUCGCAAGAAGGCAGAAAAGGGCACGGCCCGAGCCCCGCACGGCGACGAGCUGCUGCGUAUCCUGCACUCACCGGCGACACAUGGAAAGCUCAGAACGCUUGUCAAGUCGGGGAUGGACCCGAACUGCAGUGUCGAAACCGCCUGCUUCGACAGCACAACUUGGAUUCUGCCAGGGGUUGCGAAACCAUGUAUCCCAUUACUGGUCUUCGCGUGCUUCAACGGGGUGCCAGCUGCUACGGUCGAGCUGCUGAUCAAGCUGGGCGCGAACCCCAACUCCGUGACGGACUGCGGUCUACCCUGUCCGCUGGCCGUGCUGUGCGCCAAAAUUACCCCGGAGGAGCAGCGGGCGCUCUUCCAGGUCCUGAAGCAGCACCGCUGCACCACCUUCAACAGCCGCCUGCGCUCGGCGCGCAACGAGGAGCCGUGCCACAUCACCUGCAAGGUGCUGGACCUGAGCGACUGGACGGCGCCGCGCAAGGUGGAGGGCGUGGAGAUGCUGAUCCAGUUCGGGACCUUCCUGCUGCCGGACCCUCCCGGCGGCUGCGGCGGCUGCGGCGGCGCAGGCGGCGCCAACAAAACCGGCGGCGGCGGCGGCACUGACGGUACGGCACAGCAGCAGCAGCAGGAGCAGUUGGACGAGCAGGCGCUGUACGACUUCGUGGUGACGGCUGUACGGCAGCCGUGCGGGCACAAGCUGCUGGACAGCCUGUGGAGGCACUAUCCGCAGCGGCUGCUUCCGCGCCUGCCGCUGCGCUCCAGCCUGUUCCUGUCGGCGCUGUCCGAGAGCUGGAUGGCGGGCGCGUGGCGGCACAGCGAGGAGCGCCAGCACACCGUCACGCAGGCUGUGCUGCUGCGGCUGCUGUUCGAGCACCCCGCCAUGUCGGCACCGCCGCAGCGGAAGGCGCUGGUGGCCUGGCUGCGUGCCAACAUGACCGCCCUGCUGUACCGGCCCGAGCUGGUGGCAGCGGUGCUGGACAGGUUCAAGGGCGCGGGCGCGGGCGAUGAGGAUGUGAUCCACGUGGACGACACGAACCUGGUGCUGCCGGUGGGGCUGCUGGCCGGCCCCGCGGCACUGCAGGGCGAAGUGCCGCUUGCCGCUGGCGGCGGCGGCGGCGGCGAGGGAGGCGAUGCUGAGGGAGGCGACGGCGAGGGAGGAGGAGGAGAGGGAGGAGGAGGAGGAGGUGGAAGAGGCGGCGGCGGGCUGAGCCUGAUGCUGGCGUAUGCGGUGGACCCGGAUGAGCAGCUGGCGCGCAGGGGUGUGGAGAUGCUGCUGGCGCGCGGCGGGCGGGUGGACGUGCCGUGCCGCCUGGGGCCCGAGGUGCUGGGGGCGGCCGGCAGCACCGCGGCGGCGGCGACGGCAACAGCAGCAGCAGCAGCAGCCGGGAAGGAGGGAGCAGGCGGAGCAGAGGGAGCAGGAGGCGAGGAGGGCAGCGAGGGAGGCGAGGGCGGGGGAGCUGGUGGUGGUGGUGGCGCUACCACGGAUGGCCUGGUCACACCGCUGGUGGCCGCCUUCAUGCCCUACCAGCGCAACCAGGCACUGGUCGAGCUGCUAUGGCAGCGCUUCGCCGAGACCCACCCGGCCGACGCCACCCACGACGCCGUGGCACGACUGCGCGCCGCCGCCCAGUCCCUCUUCCUGGCCCUGCCCGGCUGGCGCGGAGCGCUGGACCGAGCCGCACGCGCCGCCGCGGCCGCCGCCGCCGCCGCGACGGCGGCGGCCGCCGCCGGCGGAGCCGGCGGCUCCGCCGCCGAAGGCGGCGGCGGCGCAGCCGGCCUCCCCGGCGGCGCCGAGGGCGGCGCCGGAGGCGCUGCGGCUGCUGCUGCUGCUGCCGCGGGCGGGGGUGUGUUUGGUUUAGGUGUGUUGGACGCGGUGCCGCUGGUGUGCAGCCGGGAGCGGCUGAGGGAUCUGCUGGACUCCAACGUGCUUGACUUUGUGGACGGCAGGAACCUGGAGCAGGUGGAGGCGGCCCUGAUGGAUCUUGUGGGCGCGCUGUCCGCCCUGCCCGACCAGCAGGAGCCCGACCAGGAGGCGGAGGACCAGGACCAGGAUGACAAGGCGGGUGCUACAGCCCCCUCCUCGCCCUCCUCCUCCCGGCUGGAGGCUCAGCUGCAGCUGGUGGAGGCGCGGCUGGCGGCGGACAAGGUCUGGCUGGAGUCGCUGGCUGCCGCGGGCCGCCCCGAGUCCGAGCUGGUCGACGACCCCGAGGUCUGGCGCGCGGAGGCGGCGGUGGAGGCGGCGGCAGCCAUACGCGCCUGCCUGCUCAGGUCAGCAGCCGGCGUGGAGCCGGAGGCGGCGCCCAGCGCCGCCGCCGCCGCCGCCUACGCCGCCGCCGUGGCGGCGGCGGCAGGCGCGCCGUACGCGCCGCCGGUGCGGGGGUACUUCUCCUCCGCCGGGUUUGCCAUGGAUCGGGACGCAGUGGUCACGCCUGCUGCUGCUACAGCUGCUGCAGCCGAGGACGGCGGCAGUAGCAGCAGCAGCCGGGCGCGGGAGCUGCCGCCGGGCGUGGCGUUCGUGGAGGUGGUGGCGGCGCGGGUGAUGUCGCAGCCGGAGUGGGGCUUCAGCCGGGGGCUGCUGCUGCAGCUGGGGGUGUGCCAGAUGCGGCGCAUGAUGCGGCAGCUGCACGGCGAGGACGACGUGGACGGCGUGCGGGGCAUGCUGGGCCAGAUACAGGUCCUGCGCUACCACUACGAGGAGCUGCUGCGCUCCAUGGCCCCGCCCGAGCGCCGCCUGCUGGCAGACCUGGUGGCAGCACUGGAGGUGGCAGACGCAGCCCGCGCGGCAGAGGAGGCCGGAGGCGCCGGAGGCGCCGCGCCGCCGCCGGAGGCGGCGGUGGCGGCGGAGCCGUCGCCGCAGGCGCCGCAGGCGCCUGCGGCGCCGCUGAUGCCGCGCCACUCUACGGACCUGUCGGCGCUGCGGGCGCUGCUGCCGGGCGAGAGCCUGGGCGGCGACAGCGAUGAGGAGGACGACCUGGGGAUGCUGGGGGAGGAGGAGGAGGAGGACGAGGACGAGGAAGAUGAUAUGGACGGGCUGGGCGGCUUUGGGCUGCGGGGGCUGCGGGUGGGCAUGUCGCCCGUGGUGGCGGCGCCGCCUGCGGCGGCGGCGGCGCCGCCGCCGCCGGCAGUGGCGGCGCUGGCGCGCCGGCAGCUGCACGGCUGCGCCGCCACUGGGCUGGAUGUAAUGGUCGGCAGCGCGCCGCCUUCCGGGACCGCCGGCGGCGCCUCCGCCGCCGCCAGCGCGCGCGCUACCGGCGGCGGCUGCGUGUCUGACUCGUACGACGGUUCGUACCUGGACGAGGCGAUCGAUGCGGCGUUGGCGGUUGGCGGCAGCGGCGGCGGCGUGCCGCACUCGCUGCCGGCGCACGUGCGGAAGCUGCGCGAAGCCAACUCCUCCGUGGAUUCCGAGUCGCUGGCGAGCGCGUACGGCCGUACGGGAUCGUACGAACUGCCGCCGUACGAGUACCUGGGCGCGGCGGUUAUGCGCCGCAAAGACCCCAACGGCUGUAACGACGGCGCGGAUCUGGAUUUCGGCCUGGAGCUGGAAUCCGAUGUCCCGGAUCCUGCACCCAGGGCCGGCGGCGCCGCCGCCGCGGCGGCGGCGGUUGGAAAAGCUGGCGGCGGCGCCUCCGCCGUUCGUGGCAGGCGGGCGACGGUUGGCAAGGGCCGCGGUGGCGCGGGCAGGGCGGCGGCACUAGCAGGCAGCGGGGGGGACGAGGGUGACAGCGGCAGUGACCGCUUCGAUACGCCUUCUGGAGAUGACGCGGGCGCUGCGGGCGCGGUGCCGGCGUCUGCGGCUGCGGCUGCGGCCGGCAGCAUUGCUUUCGCGGCGAGGGCCACGGGCUCGGCUCGAUGCAUUGCCACACCGCCGGCGGCGGCGCCGGCGGCGACGGUACCGGCGCCGCAGACGGCGCGGUCAGGAUCCGUGGGGGCGUCUGCAGCAGGAAGUAAGAAGCAGGAGCGACAGGGCCUGCAGCAGAAACAGCAGCAGGCGCUGCGCAGCCAGCGCCGGAGCGGUGACGGCAGCUCCGGAGCCGAGUCAAGUGGCAGCGCCGGCGGCGGCGGCGGUGGAGGCAUGUACGGCGUGUACGGCGCGAGUCACGCCGGCGGCGGCGGUUACGGCGGUUACGGCCCAGAGUACGGCAUGGAGAGCGUUGGCGGCGACAUGGGGGCGCUGGAGUUGCCGCAUGGCGGCGGCGGCGCCGAUGUCCUCGGCCUCGGCGGCGGUACGGCUGCUGGCGGCGCUGGCGGCGGCGGCGGAGCCGCCGCCGCCGCCGUCGCCAGGGGCGGCGGCGUGAGCUUGAGCGCCGCCGCUGAGGCCACUGUGGCUGGGCUGCGGUCUGGCAGCCAUUCGCGCAAGGCUGUGGCCGCCGGCGGCAGCACUCCACAUGACGGCGGGCAGGGAAACGCGGCGGCGCCGCCGCUACUCAGCUUCGGCGGUAGUCGGCGGCGCCUAGAACGUGAAGACUCCCGGCGGGCGGACCAAGUGGCGGCGGCGGCCGCCGAAAUUGCGGCGGCGGCGGCGCUCCUGCCGGAGGAGCCGGAGGCACUGGACUCGGGUAGCGACGGCGGGUCGGCAGCGGCGGCGCAUGCGCGGCGGGCGCGGCCGCCGCCGCCGCCGCCGCUUCCCCACCACCAUCACCACCAUCGCAACGGCAGGUGCGAGUCCGGAUCGGAUGCUGACGGCAACGGCAAUGACUCGGAUGGCUCGUCGGUCAACUUUGACGGCGUGCCAGGAUCACAGCAGAAGAAGCAACAACAGCGACAGCAGCAGCAGCAGCAGCAGCAGCAGCAGCAGCAGCAGCAGCAGCAGCUACAGCCGGCGGCGCCGCCGCGCCUCAGUGGCGGGAACGCCUCCGCCCCCGUCUCCCGGACCUCGUCCGCCGCCUCGCUGGAUUCCACUCGCGCCUACAUCGUGCACCGCCGCCGGCCUGGCGGCGGCGGCGGCGGCGCCCUCGGCGGCGGCGGCGCCGCCGACCCCGACUCCAGGGAUGGCGGCGGCGGCGGCGGCGGCCACGGCGUUUCCGACUUCUAUGCUGGCGGCGACGAAGGCUGGGAGCCAAUGCCCGGAAUGCGGAUGAGCGAUCAGGGGGCAGCGGGUGGCGGCGGAGCGGCGGCGGCGGCCUGGGCGGCGGCGGGCGCACGUGGCGAGAGCGCGCGGCGGCUGCGGGCGGCGGCGGCGGUGGCGGCGGCUGGGGCGGCUGGAGCGGCUGGGGCUGGAGGGCACGGCCAGUACGACGAUGACGCGGACAGCGCGUGCAGCGGCGGCGGCGGCGGCGGUGGUUCUUGGGGUGCUGACGCGGAUGGAGAGGAUGAGGGCGCGGCGCAAGACGAGGAGGACGAGGAGGAGGAGGGGGGCUGGGGCGGGUGGCGUGGCGGCCGGGCGGCGGCGCCGCCGCCGCCGCCGCCAGGGCCGGGGUCCGCGGCGGGUCGGCAGCGCCGCCGCCUGCAGGUGCGCAGGGCGCACGCCGCCGCCGCGGCGGCGACAGCGGCGGAGCCGGCGGCAGCGGGAGCGGAGCCGCCGCUACAGCCGGCCUCGCACCUGCUGCAGCCGGACCUAACCGUGGACUCUGAGGGUGACGUGGCGGCGGCGGCGGCGCGCGGCGCCCGCCUGGCACCGCCGCCGGCGCCGCUUCCGCGCCGCGGCCGGGCGUCUGUCAGUGACGACGGCGCGGCUCGCCUCCGCCACCGAGGCGGCGACGGCGACGGCAGCGGCUGUGCGCGCGCCUGCGGCAGCAGCAGUAGCAGCGGCGGCGGCGGUGGCGGCGGCGGCAGUAGCAGCAGCCGGCUGUCGUACGGGUCCGAGGGCUCCGUCACAGGUGGCGCGCGAGGCCGGGCCACGUCGGCGGCGGCGGCGGCGGCGGGCAGCGGCAGCAUCAAUGGCGGCGGCGGCGGCGGUGGCGUCAAUGGCGGCGCGUCGGGCGCUGAGUCAGACGCCAACAGCGACUCCACUCAGGAGUGGCCGCCGCGGCCGCGGCAAAGCCAGCCUUCUGCAGCCAAGGCGGCGGCGGCGGCGGCAGCACCGGGCGACUGGACGCCUCCGCCGGCGGCGCGCCGCCGGCACGCUGGCGCCGCUGCCAAAGGUGUGCUGGGCCGGGAUGCGAGCGAGUCACCUGGCAGCAGCAUUGGCUUCUCGGGCCGGCGGCGGCAGCAUCUGGACAGUGACCGCAGCGAUGAGGGCGGCGGCGUCGAUGGUUGCGGCAGCGCGGGAAACGGCAACGGCCGCCGCGCUAGCGGUGGCGGCGGCGAGGACAGCGCGAAUGGCGGCGCCAGCUCUGACGGCACAGUGGAGUGGGGCGGCGCGGAGGUGGGCGUGGUGCAGCGGCGCCGUGGCGGCGGCGGCGGCAGCCGCGGAAGCAGUGGCGGAAGCAGUGGCGGCGGCGGCGGCGGCCGCGGCAACCGGCGCGCCGUCCGGUCGCCGUCUGGCUCCGUAGACGCCAACGUUGGUGCCGGCGGCGGCGGCGGCGGCGGCGGCGACAGCGACGGCGGCUCAUCGGACAGCAGCGUCACAAGCCGACCCGCGCCGCUGGCCGCCUCCGCGGCCGCCACCGCCGCCAAGGCCAGGGCCGCCGCCGCCGCCGCUGCUACCCCUGCGGCAGCUGGCGGCCGCGGCGCCGCCAUCGCCGACGCCGUGGCCACUCUUUCCACACCCUGCUCCUCGCACCGGACCACCCAUCCCAGCGCCAAGACAGGCAAGACGAACCCGGCGGCGCCGCCGCCGGGUGCCGCCGCCAUCAGUGACGACGAUGCGCCGGGCAUGAGCGGCCGCGGCGGCGGCGGCGAGAGUGACGCUGCCUCACCGCUGGCUGCCCCAGUAGCGGCGGCAGCGGCGCUGGCGACCGCCCGCAGCCAGCCCGCGCCCAUGGCUGCGGUUGCCGCCGACGAUGCCAUUGCCGCCGCCGCCGCCGCCGCCGCUGCAGGCGCCGCGGCGCCGGCGCAACUGGCGGCGGCCGUGGCUGGAACAUCAGCAGCACCAGCGGCGGCCACGGCAGCGGGAGCCCUGCCUGCCGGCGGCGCCGACAAGGCGCUGACGUCACUGCUGGCGGCGCUGGCGGCUGCCAACGUGCACCCGCGCACCGACGCAAUCUCUCCUGGCGGCGGCGGCGGCGGCGGGGCCAAUGGCAGCGCCAGCGGCGCCGCCGCACAAGCCGGCAGCGCCAACGUCAGCAGCAGCAGCAACGCUGGCGCCGGCGGCGGCGCCGCCAGCGGCGACGGCGGUGGCGGCAGUAGCAGCAACGGCUCGGUCCAGCAGUGCUAUGUGCUACAGCUGAGCGGGGCGGCGCCGGAGGCAGGCUUCUCGGCGCCGCCCCCUGCGGUCAUGCAGGUGUUGGCUGCCACGCCCGCCUCCGCCGACCCGCUGCAUGGCUGGCUGGCGGGGCUGCGGGGCGCACUGGCGGCAGCGUCCGGCUGCGAGCAGCAGCGGCUGUACGUGGUGGCGGACUGCCCCGCCCGCGCCUGGCCCGCCUGGCUGCCGGCACUGCGGGCGGCGGUGGCGGCGGCGGUGCUGGGCGCAGUGCCGCAUGACCUGGAGCAAGAGGCCGCGGACGCGGCUGCCGACGCGGCGGCGGCGGCAGCGCGCCGCAGCAGGCGCCGCCGGCUGCAGCUGCGGCGGCGGCGGCACCUGGCCGAAGGCGGCGGCGGCGGCGGCGGCGGCGGCCGCGGCCGCAGCGGCCGUGCUGACGGCGAGGAGGGAGACGACGAGGACGGAAGCCAGGACGAUGAGGAUGGCUCUGACGACGAGGAGGGCGGCGGUGGUGCCGCGGCGGUGGCGGCGGCGGCGCGGCGGCGGCGGCGCCGCCGCCACUGCCCGGAGUGGCUUCGCCAGGCUGUGGCGCUGCUGCCGCUGUGCCACGUGGUGUUUCCCUUUGGCGGCAUGUUCCUGACGCAGGCGACGGCCAGGGCGCUGCAGGCCACCACCGACCCCGCCCGCCACGCCGCCUACGCCUCCCCCACCGCCUCUCCCCCGCCUCCCCCUCCUCGGCUGUGGCUGGACGCCGCCUGCCUGCCCGCCGCCGUGGCCUUCCUGGAGGCCCACCCCGGCAACCUGUACGGCAGGGCGCUGCUGAUGCAGCUGGCGGGGAAGCAGGUCAGCCGCGCGCUGCUGCGCUCGCCCCGCUACGGCCUCACCGGCGCCGCACGCACCGCCGAGUCGCUGCAGGAGCUGCUGUACGCGGGCGGGGACGUCGGCUACAGCGCCCUCCUGGGCGGCGGCGGCGGCAGUAGCAGCGGCGUCGGCGGCCCGGGCGCUGCUACAGCCGCGGCGGCUGCGGCUGCUGCUGCCGCACUGCUGCUGGACGAGGGGGAGGAGGAGGGGGAGGAGGGGCUGGCGCUGCGGGGCGCGGGCAUGACCAUCUCGGUCCUGAACACGGCGCUGUGUGCUGCUCGGCAGCUGCAGGCGGUGUGGCGGAGCACCUGGCCCGGAGGCCACUCGCUGAGGCUGGCGGCCUACAGCUACCUGGCCGCUGCCGGCUACCCGCGCGCGGUGGUGUCGGCGCUGCAUGCGUGUGUACCGCUGGUGCUGGAGGGCGCGCUGGACGCCAGUGAGCUGCUGGCGGAGCUGCGGCUGCUGGCGGCGGCGCCCGGCACCGCACUGCAGGUGGCGGAGGAGAUCCUGGCGCCGCAGCCAGAUGACGACCCGCCCUCCCCCGGCGCCGCCGACCCGCACAGCCCGCACAGCCCCCACGGCGGCGGCGGCGGCGGCGGCGCAGUGGCCUUCCGGCACCUGGUGUCCGCCCUGCGCGCCGCCCUGGACCCCAACCAGCCCCACACGCUCCACACACACCUGGCAGCAGACGCUGCGGCACGCCGCCGCCAGCAGCAGCAGCAGCAGCAGCGGCAGCAGGCGGCUUCGCCGCCGCCGCCGCCGCCUGGCGGCGGCGGCGCCGCAGCCGCCGGCAAGCCGGCGGCGGCGGCGAAGCCGGGCCAACCGCCGCUGGCGCCCUGGAGCGCGCUGCCGCCGCCGCUGCGGGAGCAGUUGGUGGAGGAGAUGCUGACGAUCUCGGAUCUGAUCAUGAUCGUACAUGCCGUACUGCUGGCGCUGCGUACGGCGCUGACGCACGCCGCCGACGUACUGCUGGCGGCGGCGGAGGGCGGCGCGGGCGCAGCCGCCGGCGACGGCAGCGGCGGCGCGCCCGCCGCCGUGGCGGCGGCGGCGGCGGCGCUUCGGCGGGAGGUGGCGGAGGUUCAGGCCAUGCGCGCCGCCGCCUCGCGUAUGCUUGUGGAGCGGAUGGAGGCGCAGGAGCGCGCGCCGGCCUGCGCCGCCGCCGCCGCCUCCAUCUCUACUAACCUCUCGCACUCCCACUCCCUCGUAAGCAACCACUUACAUCAUGGAGGAGCGGCGGCGGCGGACGCGGGCGGCGGCGGUGUCGGUGGCGGAGGAGGAGCCGCAGCGGCGGUUGAGGACGAGGCGGCUACGGCAGAAACCGCCGCAACCGCCGCCGCCAACGACCCGGUGACGUGGCGGCACAUCAACGGUUUGUACGAGCACGGCAAGGCCGUACUGCAGUGCGCGGCGGACGCGGCGGCGGCACUGCUGGACCCGCGGACGCGGGCGGAGGAGGUUGAGAGGUGCGAGGUGCUGGUGGGCUGGCUGGCGUCUGACUCGCAGCUGCUGACGGGGCUGGCGGCGCUGAGGCAGCUGCCGCCCGCCGCCGGCCUGGCGCUGCCGCCGCACCACUACGCCCACACCCACCCCUACACGGCGCCGGGCGGCACGGCCGACGACGACGGCGAGGAGGGGGAUGAGGAGGAGGGAGCGGUCGCCUGGGGCGAGGCGGGGCGGGGCGGCGUGCCGGCCCCGCCGCCGCACCACCAGUGCAACGAGGUGCUGUACCGCAUGAUGGUGCCCAACUGGCGGGACGAGCCCCCCGCCCCCGCCUCCCCUGCCCCCGCCUCCGCCGCCUCCUCCUCCCCUGCCUCUGCCCCCGCCGCCUCCCCCUCCUCCUCCCUGGCGUCCGAGUUCGAGCGCAGCAGUUGGUCGCUGCCCACCCUGAUGCGCGGCGAGUUCAGGCCGGUGGGGCAGGCGCGGCUGCGGCGGCUGUUCGACGAGGUCCGGGCUCUGGCGUGCGAGUGCCUGGACCAACUCAGCCGCAUCGCCCCGCCCCCGCCGCCCCCGCCACAGCCUGCGGCCGCAGCAGGCCCUGCGGCCGGCAGCUUCCCCAACUUCCACUACCAACACCAACACCAACACGAACACUUCGGCGGCCGAGGCGGAGGGGAUGAGGAGGAGCAGGCAGAUGACGAUGCAGAGUACCUCACCUCCGAGGCGGCGGCAGCAGCUACAGCCGCUACAGCCGCAUCGGCGGCGGCUGGUGGGUCGGGGUCGCUGGGUGCGGCGGACGCGGCGGACGCCAUCGCCGCCGUGUGCGCCUUCCUGCGCCAGGCCCAUCAGGCACAGGCACAGGCACAGGCCCAUGAAGCCCACCAGUCCCACCAGGCACAGGCACAGGCACACCAGACACAGGCCCAAGCCCAGGCACAGGCACAGUCCCACCAGUCACAGGCACAGGCCCAUCAGGCGCACCAGGCGCAUCAGGCGCAGGCGCACCAUGACGGCGAGCUGGGUGGCCAGGGCCAGCAGGGCCGCGGACACGAUGGCUAUGGCGGCUACGGUGACGAGGACGGCGAGGACGCGGGAGAGGGGGCAGGAGGGGAGUGUGGAGGUGCUGACGGUGCGGAGGGCUGCGAGGCCGCGGGCGCGCAGUUCGUGUACCUGCCCGGCCUGCCGCCGCACCUGCAGGUGCCGCUGCAGCCGCACCACAUCCAGCAGCUGCAGGCGCGGCUGCACGCGCAGGCGCAGCACCAGCAGCAGGCACAGCAUGAGGGCCUCGGGGGGCAGCAGCAGCAGCAGCCGGGUGAGGGCGAGGGCGAGGGUGAGGGCGAGGACGGAGGCAGCAACCACUUCCACUUCAUUGGGCAGGAGGAGUGGGAGGGGGAGGAGGGGGAGGAGGAGGAGCAGCAGGAGGGCGGGGGCCUGCCGUGGGAGGCUCUAGGCGGAUUGGCGGGCUUCGUGUUUGCGGACGGGAGCGGCUUUGGCUUUGCGGCUGGCGACGGCGGUGCUGCUGUUGGGGUUGGAAGCGACGGCGUACAGUAUUACGAGGCUGGGCGGGGACGGGGCGCAAGGGUGGUGGUGGAGGAGGUGGAGGACGAUGACGAGGAGGAGGAGGAAGAGGGCGAGGGCGAGGGCCUGGAUGACCCCCUAUGAUUGCCCGUGUGCUGCUGCCGGCCGGCAUGCGUGUCUUGUGCGGGUGUAGUACACUAUGGUAGGGAGCUACAGUACCGAGUGCCGACCAGCGUGUCCAGCACCGGUAAUCGAAGAUGCUUUAACCAUGCGAAGUCCAGGAAGCCAGGGAGCACAGAAGUUGGAGACGCCUGGACCGGUAAUAGGGCGAGCAGCAGCUGCUGAGAAGUGAGAGGUAUGAUAGGCUGUGCAGUAGGGGGACAACCGAGGCAACCUGCCUUACCACUGUCCGCACAACCAUUCAAGGCCCGAGGAGGCACGGAUCCUAAAUGCCUGCGAGUCUUUUUACGGACACGGGCCGACGGGCGAGAGGCGGGGGCGCUCCCUUUGUGACGGUCACGACUGCAAAUGUGCGAAGCUGCAUGGCCUGACGCUGUCACCCUCCAAGUGGCAGGGGCGUACGUGGCCGAGCCUAACGCAAUAGGGGAGCUGGGCAGGGCCUUGGGGAUAGGAGCAGCGCGCGAAGGGCCGGGCCGCUGGGGCGCUGGGGCCACCGCCAAGGCCCACCGCCAAGGCCUAGGCAUGCUGAGAUCAGCAAUUCAGCAGGUGCCACUGUGCCAGGCGGCUGGCGUUUACGGCAGUUGCUUGAAGGGUGUGCGAUGGGGCAGGCUGGCCUGGUCCAGCACGUGACAGCGUACGGUAGUGGCGUGCUGUAUUCCCGGCAGACGGCCAGACCCCAACACUCAGCAGCCAGUUUGCUACGUCAAGGGCUCAAGGCAUGAGCGCGCGGUUACUAGAACGCCGGGCAGUUACCCCGGGACUGUGCCGACGCGUCGCUGCCGUGGCUGCCGUGGCUGGCAGGCUGGUAAUGCGCUGACGAGCAUCCCUCACGCUCUAU